AAAAGAAUAUUUUGGCAAUUGUACAAAAGUGACAUUUAUCAGUGAGGAACAACACAAAGCCGACCUUAAUUGAGAACAGCAUGAAAAUGGUGUUGUCGCAACGGCAGCGCGAGGAGCUUAACCAAGCGAUUGCCGAUUAUUUAGGCAGUAAUGGAUACUCAGAAUCAUUGGAAGCUUUCCGUAAAGAAGCCGAUCUCAGUGGUGAAACUGAAAAGAAGUUUGGUGGUCUGCUAGAAAAGAAGUGGACCUCGGUUAUACGUUUACAAAAGAAAGUAUUGGACCUUGAGGCUAAACUUGCAGAAACUCAAAAAGAGGUUAUAGAGGGUGCUCCGACAAAAGUAGAUCGUAAACCUGGCGAAUGGAUACCCAGACCACCUGAAAAGUUUUCAUUAUCAGGUCAUCGUGCCAGCAUAACACGAGUUAUAUUUCAUCCAAUAUUCAGUCUAAUGGUAUCGGCAUCAGAAGAUGCAGUCAUUAAAAUAUGGGAUUUUGAAACAGGAGAAUAUGAACGCAGUCUUAAGGGUCACACAAAUUCCGUGCAGGAUAUAGCAUUUGAUGCUCAAGGAAAACUGCUGGCAUCGUGCAGCGCUGACUUGUCUAUCAAAUUAUGGGAUUUCCAGCAGAGUUAUGAAUGUGUCAAAACAAUGCAUGGACAUGAUCACAAUGUAUCGUCUGUAGCUUUUGUGCCAGCCGGUGAUUACGUGCUUUCAGCGUCACGUGACAGAACAAUUAAAAUGUGGGAAGUUGCCACUGGAUAUUGUGUCAAAACUUUUGUUGGCCACCGAGAGUGGGUACGUAUGGUACGUGUACACAUGGAAGGUAACUUGUUUGCAUCAUGCUCAAUUGAUCACACAGUUCGUGUUUGGUCGUUAAAUUCAAAAGACUGCAAAGUUGAGUUACGCGACCAUGAUCACACAGUUGAGUGUAUUGCUUGGGCACCAGAGGCUGCUUCUUCUGCAAUUAAUGAAGCUGCAGGAGCAGAUAACAAAAAAGGUCACCAUCAAGGUCCAUUCUUAGCAUCUGGAUCAAGGGACAAAACCAUUCGCGUCUGGGACGUGAGUGUUGGAAUAUGCUUAUUUGUACUCACUGGACAUGACAACUGGGUGCGAGAAUUGGCUUUCCAUCCCGGCGGCAAAUAUUUAAUAUCAGCCAGUGACGACAAAACUAUACGAAUUUGGGAUUUACGCAACAAACGAUGCACGAAAACUCUUACCGCGCAUCAACAUUUCUGCACUUCAGUUGAUUUCCACAAAACACAUCCAUAUGUCAUUUCGGGUAGCGUAGAUACAACGGUUAAGGUUUGGGAAUGUCGUUAAGCCAAUAGUAAUUAA